UUCCUUAAUCAUUGGUCCGGACUCCGGUUUUAGAUUUUGUAUAUAUAUAUUAUUCAAUGAUAUUAUAUGAAAAUAUAUGUAGAAUAUCAUUGGUAUUAAUAAUAAACAGAGUGCCGUAGAAUCUACGAGAUUAAAAUAAUCCUUAUAUCAUGUCAUCUAUAGAUUUCGAUCCAGCAAUCAAACUUUGUUUGAAAUAUUUACAUUCAAGCGCGUCGGACUCGACAGAGCAACUUCGUCUAACCUUAGAUGACACCAUAAGGCAAACAUACGGGAACUCAAAAACCCUCGGUAAUGUUCUGCCAAAGAAGUACCUCAACGAGGAGAAAAUGGAGUCGCCUUCUAGAUCUAAGCACAAAAGUGACAAGAACGCGGCCAGCACAAAAACUGUGGCAAUACCGCAACAAAGCCCGCAACAGAUCCAGAUUCCUGAACGCGAGAAUGACGAUUCUGUGAUGGAUGGAGAUCUAGCAUUCGACUUCUUACAAGAAGACUUGACCUGUGUCGUGUGUCGUCAAAUAGCCGUGCAAGCAGGAAACAGGCUGGUGGAAUGUGAUGCGUGUCAUGCUUUGUAUCAUCAGGAUUGCCACAAGCCUGUCAUCAGUGAUGAAGAUAUGGCAUCAGGGUGGUCGUGCGCAACGUGUCUAUCGUCACAAAGUUUUGCUGCUACAUAUUCGACAAAAUCAUCACCCGCCUCAAAAUCACCAACCAGAGUUUCUGGAUCAACUACACCUGUCAAAAUAUCUAGUGGCUCGUCUCCACCUUCCAAAGUGGUUACGCCAAACAUAAACAUAAUAUCAGCUGACAAAAGAAUACAAAUUAUGAAGAAGAAAGCAGCAAAACAACAUGAAAAGAAAAAGAGCAAAUGAAGAAAUAGGUACCAUCUUGAUCUAUGUCUGUGGUACCAUCAUUAUAGAAGUUGAUUCCUAGGCAG